AUGCUUCUUAACCCGGAGACCAUUCUUGCUCGCUCUCUUAAAGCUCGGUACUUUCCAAGGACAGACAUUUUGCUAGCUAAUAAUGCUCAUAACCCUUCUUUCAUUUGGAAUAGCUUAUUAGUUGGUCGUGAGUUGUUAUUGGAAGGUAUCGCGUGGAAAGUAGGCAGUGGGAAUCGAAUUCGUUUUGGCUGUGACCGGUGGCUCCCCUCUAUUUCUGGUGGUUUUGUUACGGCCAAGGUUCCAGAAGCAUGGAAAGAAACGAAGCUUACAGAUUUUAUACUAGACAACCCUCUCUCUUGGGAUUUUGAUGGUCUUGCUGAGUUCCUGGAACCCGGCGAUCUUUGGAAAGUAACUUCCCAGAUUGUGCCUUCUUUGAAUCGACCGGACUCUCCCUUUUGGCCGGAUGGUAAAUUUAAUUCUUACACUGUGAAAUCUGGCUAUCACCUGGCUUGCUCGCUUAGCCAAAGAUCAGAGGCUUCUUCUUCUAAUCAGGAUGAAUCGCUUUGGCAUUGGAUAUGGGGAUUAGAAGUGUUACCGAAAAUCAAGCUCUUUAUGUGGAAAUGUCUCGCUGGGGCUAUUCCUACCUCGCAGGCGCUUCUAUCCCGAUCAAUUAACAUUGAUCCUCUUUGUCGUCGCUGUGGUAAUGAUUUUGAAACGCUGGAACAUGCUCUGCGAGACUGCCCUUGGGCCUCCUUUAUCUGGGAGGUCUCGCCCCUUCGUCUCAGCCCAGCUCCUGCUAAUGGUCACUGCUCGAUUGCUGCUUGGUUUGAAAUUAUUCGUCAGAUUCCUCAUGGAGAAACUCACAAAUCUUUUGCUAAUCUGGUGUGGGCGAUCUGGCAUGCUAGAAACCUCUUGGUUUUUCAAGAUAAGGAGAUUUCCCACUUUGAUUGUCUCUCUGCUUCUCAACGAGUUAUUUGGAAUAGGCUGGUUUCGACUCCUAAGGCGGCUGCUCCUCCCGUGGCGGUAGAGUGUAGGCGUGAUCAUCAAGUGAGGAUUUUCUGUGAUGCUUCGGUGGUGGAGGGUGUUGGAGUGGGUAUUGGUGUGGUUGUGAAAGACAAGGAUGGCCUCGUUCAAUGCUGCUGCUAUGGUUUCUUGCAUGGAGUGUUCACGGUUCUGGAAGGGGAAGCAAAAGCCGUUCAUACUGGACUCCAGUUGUGUAAGGACCGAAACUUUGAUGAUGCUAUUGCUGUGACUGACAGCCAACUGCUAUAUUGGUGCUUGGUUAAUGGUGAGCUCGAUCUUUCCUAUCUUGGCGACACUCUUGCGGGGAUUCGUCUCUUGGCUGCGGAGCUUCGGUUUUGUGCUUUUAGUUGGACUCCUCGGGAAGGCAAUGCAAAUGCCGAUGGUCUGGCGAAGUUAGCUAUGUCCUGUCGUACCGUUUUUACUUUUUCUGAUGUUCUACCCAACCUUGGGAACCUUUCUUCUUUAUCUUAA